CGCCAACCCAGCUUUAGAGUACUGCCUCUGCACAGACAGAGAGAGAGAGAGAGAGAGAGAGAGAGGUGGUAGUCUUGCAGAGCAUCCAAGUUGCCCCCUUUAUCAAUCACAGCAGAGCCAAAUAAUUCAAUAAUCAUAAAGAAAUAAAUGGAGAGGCAAACCCUAGCUCCAUCAUCUUCUUCGUCAUCUUCAUCGAGUCCACCAACAGAAGAUGCUUGGGUUAAUACAUACCAAAGAUUACUACCUCAGUUGCAGUCUCUCACUCUCCCUCACAAGUCGAUCAUCCCGAUUUCGAUAUCUAGAGUUAACCAGGUCGAUGCAGCAAGACUGGACAUUGAAAUGUCUGCUAUGUUGAAGGAACAGUUGGUUAAGGUCUUUUCUUUAAUGAAGCCAGGAUUGUUAUUUCAAUAUGAACCAGAACUUGAUGCUUUCCUUGAGUUUCUCAUCUGGAGAUUCUCGAUUUGGGUUGAUAAACCUACUCCGGGAAAUGCACUUAUGAACUUGAGAUAUAGAGACGAACGUGCUAUUGAAGCAAGAGGAAAAGUCAGAACAGGUUUGGAGGGACCUGGACUCACUGUUGCUCAAAAGAUAUGGUACUGUGUUGCAACUGUUGGUGGUCAGUACAUCUGGUCCCGUCUACAGUCAUUUUCUGCGUUUCGAAGAUGGGGUGAUUCUGAGCAGAGGUCCCUGGCACGCAGAGCAUGGUUUUUCAUACAACGUAUAGAAGGGUUUUAUAAAGCUGCAUCUCUUAGCAACCUGCUUAUAUUUCUCUACACAGGAAGGUAUAGGAGUCUUAUUGAGAGAGCUCUACAAGCAAGACUAGUCUAUGCAAGUCCUAAUAUGAACCGAGCUGUUAGCUUUGAAUACAUGAAUCGUCAGUUAGUGUGGAAUGAAUUCUCGGAAAUGUUGUUGCUGCUUCUUCCUCUUCUCAAUUCAUCGUCAAUUAAAAAUUUUCUUCGUCCAUUCUCAAAGGAUAAAUCUUCAAGUUCUGCAGGGGAUGAAGCUUUAUGCCCCAUCUGCCAGGCCAAUCCAACCAUUCCAUUUUUAGCACUACCUUGUCAGCAUAGGUACUGUUACUACUGUCUUCAAACUCGGUGUUCUGCAUCUCCGUCUUUUAGGUGCUCCAGAUGCAGUGAGCCAGUUAUUGCCAUGCAACGGCAUGGUGGUUAAUUUUAACAAUGGUACACAAGCAAUGAUUAUUUUCAAGGAGAUCAAAAUGAGAAAAGAGGUGAUUACAUUUACAUUGAUGUAUAAGAAAUGCCUGAAUGUGGCAUUACUAGUUAAUUAAGGAAUCAAAGGCUUUGUCCCUCUUUAUUGAGCCAUUCAUUCUUUGUAACUUUGUCUUGUUUAGGGUGGGUAUUUUAUUUAUAUUUGCUUGAUGACAAUUUUUCGUCCCUAAAGCAUCACCCAAUCGUUAUAUUAUAUUGUAUAAUUUAGUACUUGUACAUUAGGCAAUUAUGUUUAAUCAGUCCCAUUGGUAGCUGUUGUUAUCGAACUUGGAAUUUGUUGAAAACUGGUUGAGUUUGAUCAGUGAUGCAUCAAUAAAAGGGGAGAGAGCAG